AUGCCGGUGAUGAAGGGUCUCCUCGCUCCCCAGAACACGUUCCUGGACAACAUCGCCAACCACUUUGAUGGGACUCACAGUAACUUCUUGUUGGGGAACGCCCAGGGUCGCCACGGUAACCCCAUCGUGUACUGCUCGGACGGCUUCUGCGACCUGACGGGUUUUGUGAGGACGGAGGUGAUGCAGAAGACUUGUUCCUGCAACUUCCUCCACGGAGCCGAGACCAGCGACGGCGUGGUGCAGCAGGUCCACCGAGCCCUGGACGGCCAGCACGAGUACCAGGCCCACGUCUGCUUCUACAAGAAAAAUGGUACCCCGUUCUGGUGCCUUCUGGACGUCGUUCCGAUUAAGAACGAGAAGGGCGACGUGGUUUUGUACCUCUUAUCGUUCAAAGACGUGAGCGAAUCGUUAGGGAAGAGUCACCACUUCUCCGAGACAGAGGGGCUGUCGGAGCCGGUUCAUCAGAGCAGGAAAACUCCACGCUCACACUUUGCUCAAGUCCAAAAUCGAGGUCGUACCAUAGUGCACCAUAUCACCAACAUGUUCCAGAAAAGACGCAAGAAAAAACUAUCCGAUAACAUGUUUGAGAAGCCGUCGCUGCCCGAGUACAAAGUGGCUGCGGUGAAGAAGUCUCGGCUGAUCCUGCUCCACUACAGCGUCUCCAAAGCCCUCUGGGACUGGCUCAUCCUGCUUGCCACCUUCUAUGUGGCGGUGACAGUUCCGUACGACGUGUGCUUUGUGAACCACGACCCCAACAGUGAGCACCACACGCAGGUCACUCACGGCACCAUGGCCAGUGACAUCGCCGUGGAGGUCCUCUUCAUACUGGACAUUAUUCUUAACUUCCGCACGACCUACGUCAGUCAGUCGGGGCAGGUGGUCUACAACCCCCGCUGCAUCUACAUCCACUACUGCACCACCUGGUUCUUCAUUGACUUGAUCGCCGCUUUGCCGUUUGACCUCCUGUAUGCGUUCAACAUCACAGUGACUUCCCUGGUGCACCUGCUGAAGACCGUGCGGCUGCUGCGUCUCUUGCGGCUCCUGCAGAAGCUGGACCGGUAUUCCCAGUACAGCGCCGUGGUCCUGACUCUGCUCAUGACCGCCUUCGCCCUGCUGGCGCACUGGAUGGCCUGCGUCUGGUACGUGAUUGGUCGCAUGGAGAUUGAGAGCAGUGAUCCUGUUACCUGGGACAUCGGUUGGCUGCAGGAGCUGGGGAAGCGUCUGGACACUCCGUUCAUCAACGGUUCGAUGGGAGGACCCCCCAUUCCCAGCGCCUACGUGGCCUCGCUCUACUUCACCCUGAGCAGUCUGACCAGCGUGGGCUUCGGCAACGUCUGCGCCAACACCGAUGCAGAGAAGAUCUUUUCCAUUAGCAUCAUGCUCAUGGGAGCCUUAAUGCAUGCGGUGGUGUUCGGGAACGUGACGGCUAUCAUCCAACGCAUGUACUCACGCCGCUCGCUGUACCACACCAGAAUGAAGGACCUUAAGGACUUCAUCCGCGUCCACCGCCUCCCGCAGCAGCUCAAACAGCGCAUGAUCGAGUAUUUCCAGGCCACGUGGUCGGUCAACAACGGCAUCAACGCCAACGAGCUCCUCCAUGACUUCCCAGACGAGCUGCGCGCCGACAUCGCCAUGCACCUGAACAAAGACAUCCUGCAGCUGCCCGUGUUCGAGCGAGCCAGUCGGGGCUGCCUGCGCUCCCUGUCCCUCCACAUCAAGACCUCCUUCUGCGCCCCGGGAGAGUACCUGAUCCGCCACGGCGACGCCCUCCAGGCCAACUACUACGUCUGCUCCGGCUCGCUCGAGGUGCUGCGAGAUGGCAUGGUGCUCGCCAUUCUGGGUAAAGGCGACCUGAUCGGGGCAGACCUCCCGGAGCAGGAGGAGGUGAUAAAGACCAACGCUGACGUGAAGGCGCUGACGUACUGUGACCUGCAGCACAUCAGCAUGAGGGCCCUGAAGGAGGUGCUCCAGCUGUACCCCGAGUAUGGAACCCGCUUCAGCUCCGACAUCCAUCACAACCUCACCUACAACCUGAGAGAGUCGGCCAACACCGAGCGUAAACUUCCCUUCAUCAUCGAGGCGUGUGGCGACGGCGACGACUCGGAGCAGAAGAAGGCGUCCCUGCUCAAAGGCGUGGGCAGCCCUGUGCGUCAGACUCGCUACAGUACUCUCCUGGGGGCAGAGCUGCAGCAGAAGCCUCUCCGCCUCUGCAGGUCUCCGGUCCAGGGCCGAGGCUGCAGCCCCACUUCCCACUCCUGUGAAGAAGCUCUGGAUAGAGCUGCUGCGUAUCGACCUUCCACGCUGCUCAUGCCAUCUCUGGCCUGCGCGAGCCCCCUCAACCUCAGUCCCAGAGUGGUGGACGGGAUCGAAGACAACGAACACACGUUUCAGUUCAACGCAGAGCUGAGCCAAACGAAUCCGAAUGCAACAGGCUCUCUGGAGGUGAACUCGAGUCUGCUGCAGGAGACCGAGGAAGUCAGGCAGAACAUCAGCAAACUCAGCAAAGAGUUGGGUAAUUUGAACCAAGAAGUCUCCGCCAUGGCCAAAGAGCUCCAGAACACCAUGCACUACCUCCAGUCCCACUCCUCUACUUUCCACUGCUCUGCCCCAGCCCCUGCCUUCUCCUGCGGGGUCCCGAUGAUGCCGGCUCCCACGGUCACUGCCCCUCUGAGCAUUUCUACUGGUCUCCACCUUCACCACGACACCAUCCCACACCCUCCCCGAGUGAAGGCCCUUUUCUCGCGGUCAUUGGUCCGAGCUCCGGUGACAACAACAGGGGGAGGAUCCCGGAAAAACAGCCCACCGGAAGUAAAGGCCAGAGCCAAGAAGGAAAGGAGUAGAGCCGCGGGCGCCGAUGCCAGCAGAAACACAAGCAAAAGUACAUUCCCAUCAGUGAGGUGUCUUCAAGCGGCCCGACCAUCUGCCCGACCUGAGCCGUACCCCCUCGCGAUGGCAGGGCGAGGGGGCGCCACACGGACCAACGGCGCCGCUCCGGGCAACAAAAUCUGCCAGUUCAAGUUGGUGCUUCUGGGAGAGUCGGCCGUGGGCAAGUCCAGCCUGGUGCUGCGCUUCGUCAAAGGCCAGUUCCAUGAGUUCCAGGAGAGCACCAUCGGAGCGGCCUUCCUCACACAGACGGUUUGUUUGGACGACACAACAGUGAAGUUUGAGAUCUGGGACACGGCCGGACAGGAGCGCUACCACAGCCUGGCGCCCAUGUACUACAGAGGAGCCCAGGCCGCCAUCGUGGUCUACGACAUCACCAACACAGAUACAUUCACGCGUGCAAAGAACUGGGUGAAGGAGCUGCAGAGGCAAGCCAGUCCCAACAUCGUCAUCGCUCUGGCCGGGAACAAAGCAGAUCUGUCCCAAAAGAGAAACGUAGACUUCCAGGAAGCACAAGCGUACGCCGACGACAACAGUUUGCUCUUCAUGGAAACUUCUGCCAAGACUGCUGUGAAUGUCAAUGAGAUUUUUAUGGCCAUCGCCAAGAAGCUGCCUAAGAACGAGCCACAGGGGGGCGCUGGAGCGGCGGGGCGGGCUCGAGGCGGCGUAGACCUGCAGGAGACCGCGCCACAGGGCAGGAGCGGCCAGUGCUGUGGAGGCGGCAACUAA